UCCCCCAUCGCUCUAUUCUUCUACUUCAUGCCCGUCGUGCUGUGGCAGCACAUUGCUGCCUGUUCAAACGAGUGUCAUCGUGAGAUGCUCCCUCUUCGAGUGGACGAAGCCUAUCGCCGCUAUCGAGCCAAGCGACGACUCAACGACAAGUUGCCGAAGAAAUCACGGCGCGACAUCCAACACGAAAUGGAAGGUAUGAAGCCCAUCUUGCCACAUGAGCUGGGUCUGUUCAUUGGCCUGCUAAUUGCCAGAACUAUUGCGCCGAACCGCGAGAAGCUGGUCAACCACUGGAAGACCACGGAUGAGGGUGCUAUCUCGCGUGGGUGCUUCGGGUCGGUGCUGCCACGGGAUCGAUUCAUGGAGAUCUCUCGUAAUCUACACUUCAACCCCAAC